AUGAGAGAAGAGGCUCGAAGAGCAAAAGCAGCCCGCAGAACCAACAAACUGGAAUUGGACGACUUCCUCACCAAGGGACAAUGUAUCUUUUCAACAAAUGGCAAAUACAAGGCUAUUUUUCAGGACGAUGGGAAUUUCGUGGUGUAUGAAUACCCCGAAGGUGUGCCAAUAUGGGCUAGUGACACUUGGGGAAACAGGAAUGCUGACAGGGUUAUCAUGCAAGGAGACUGCAAUCUGGUGAUGUGCGAUACCAAAGGGACUGCCCUGUGGCAAUCCAACACUCACAUGCCUAACUGCCAAGCCUGUUGCCUGACUAUGCAAGAUGAUGGCAACUUAGUUAUUUACAGAGACAAUAAAGAAAUUUGGUCUGCAAGAAAAAAUAAAAUUCAAUCUGUUUUGAAUAGUGUGAUGGGGGACUGCUCCAUCUUUAUGAACAUGAUUGGGACUGGCAGGGAGGGGGUUAAAAUUCUCCCCUGCCAGGAAAACAUGUGUGGCUGGAGCCCUAAUUGAAUAAUUAGCAAUUAUUUUAAUUGGGCUCCAGCCACAGGGGAUAAAAGCCAGGGGAGAGGCCCUGGCUGGAGGGAGUUCUAGAAGGAGAUGAAGAUAGUGUUUUCUGUUUGUUUUGCAACCAGUGAAGGCAACGCCCAGCCUGGAAGCUUUAUUUGUAAGUUUUGUUGUGUUUAUUUUGUGUAUGAAACCUUUUUGUUUGGCCCUUGUGCCUAUUUAUUUUGUAUUUUUUGUUUAUUAAAAAGAUCAAGCUCUUUGCAUUUAACUUAGUAUGCAGAUAAUAUUGCAUCUGUCCAAGCUAGUACUUGCACCUCCCUUUCUCAACAGAUCUGUCCAAUAAAGUGAAUGUUAUCCAGCUUUAUAAGAAUGGCCUCCAAGAUGUCGAAAUCAAAAGCCUAAAUUGAACGUUUUUUUAAAGAAAACUUUCUACUGUAAUCAGUUGUGUAGUUUCUUGCCUAUUUCCUGUAAUGACUACAAUAUAUGUGCAUGAAGUUACUCCAGUAUAACUGCACUGACAUUUUUGCCUUGGAUCUAUCACACCUUUAUGGGCAUUGGAAAAAAAAAAGCAUUAAUCCUGUAUUGAAUUGUAAGGCAGGAAUUUGUAGUAUUGCUUUACAUAAGUAUUAAAGUAUUUAACAAUAUGGAGACAUGGAGGAGUGAAAUUCCUGUAAGCGAGGCUGAGUAAGUCAGGUGAUCACAAAACUGAUAAGAGAAGAACAAGGAGGGGAAAUGGCAAAUUUCUAUGAGCGAAAUGUUAUUUUUGUAUCGGGACAGAUAUACAAGCUUUGUAACCUCUGCUGCGAUCAAAGAAUCUGGAGGAGACUCUCUCCAGCAUGCUGUUUGGCUUUGUUCUUGCAUAUUACAAUAAAGCAACUUCAGGUUUUGAAAUCAGA